CUCCAAUCGCCUAAGGUCGCGAUGUAUGGGCCACGGACACAAUGACUGAGAUAAGGGCAUGGACAUGGGGAGGAUGAGAGGCUUUUGGAGGUCUCCCUAAAGGUUGAAGACAAGGUUUCCGAGAUGUGUCGAAUUCACACACUCUCACUCGCACACCUCUCUCGGAGAUUUGGAGAGAGGCACACACGCACAGACACUGACCAAGAGACAGGUAAAGAAUUGGUGUAUUUAACGCCUGGUCCCGCCCCCGACAACCUUUAAUAGACCUCCCACCUCAUCAUACAAAACUACCAUGAUCCGAUCAUCAUCAGCAGAGCCCGCCAAACCCAAGCGAAAGGGCACCCGAAGUGUUUCUACCCUUACUCCCGCACAACUAGCCCGCAAGAGAGCCAACGAUCGCGAGGCCCAGAGGGCGAUUCGCGCCCGCACCAAGGAGCAUAUCGAGCGGUUAGAGCGGGAGUUGGCGGAGCUCAAGAGCAAGCAAAGCCGUGACCAGACCGUCCAAGAGCUAUUGCGCCGCAACAAGGCGGUCGAGAAAGAGCUGAUGCGACUCAAGGAGAUUAUGAGGGUGCCAAUGACUUCGUCACUUUACUCUGCACCACGUCUAACUCCACAACAGCUCUCAUUACCCGACGAGCUCUUAACGUCAACAGUCUACGACGACAAUCUCAGCACUGGUAGCGAUGCCAUUCCUAGCUCUCGUAGAUCACCAUUCCCUGGCGACUACAACUCCCUCCCCGACUACAGCCAACAAUACGUUCUUUUAUCCCACAACUGCGAAUCCUUGGCGAGCACCGUCUCCUGCACCAUCCCCUCCAACGUCUCGAGUCCAUCAUCAUCAGCCGACUAUAGCGCUAGCUAUAUCCCAAUCAGCGUGCCCACCUCGAUCCUCCCUUCCAACAACACUAGCUCCUCAAGCACAAGCGCCAUAUGCGACAAGGACGUUGUGAAGAUGGAGUAUGACGACGUAGACGCCGGGUUCCGUCCCAGUAAUCCUUCGCUGCAUCCCUGCACUGCCCAUUCUCACCCCUACAUGUCGCAUCGCCAGCAGCAGCAGUCCGCCUGGAAUAUGUGUCCCGUGUGCUACCCUCAAUCACAUUAGUUGGUUGAUUAAAAUUACCCCGGUGGCUCAAAACGGCAGGUACCGCCUCGAUGAGCUUCUGGCCGGCUUCGUCCAGAACUGUCACCGGGCCAAGGCGAUCCGCCAGAUACUGGGGAGCGUGUAACCCCGCUCCCUAUGCCCUAAUGCUGUAGCGGCACGCGACCGGCUGAAAAUCAUGAAGUGUGUUGCUCUGAACUAUUUUCAAGCUUGAAGUUGCAUUAGCAAGAAACUCCGGCUAGCCAUGACAGAAUUGGCCGAACUUUGACCCCCAGAGAUGGUAG